AUGAGCCUACUUCGUCUCGGGUCAUCCGCCUUCCGGGCCAUCCAUCCGCGUUUCCUCUCCCAAGGCGCUUUCGAGAAGGCCCAGGCGGAUUUGAAGAAGCUGAAGGAAGAGCCGGACAACGAGACGAAGCUCAAGAUCUAUGCGCUGUACAAGCAGGCAAGCGAGGGUGACGUUGCCGGCUCACGGCCCGGGAUGAUGGACUUUGUGAAGCGGGCAAAGUACGAUGCGUGGAGCCAGUUGAAAGGCACUACCAAGGACGAUGCCUCUUCAAAGUACGUCGGACUGAUCAAGCAGCUGCUGGCCGAGGAUGCAACGGAAGUGGCGGAUAGCGGACCCGGGAUUGCGGAGCUGCCAAAGAUUCAAGGGCUAGAUUACGCAAUCGAAGGAAAAGUCUUCAAAAUGACGCUGAACCGCCCGAAGAAAUUCAACGCGCUCACGCUGGACAUGUAUCGCGGAAUCCAGGAAGGUCUAAAAUACGCUCAAGGAAACCCCAGCGUAACGAUCGCUGUUUUGACUGGUACUGGCAACUACUUCUGCUCGGGCAACGAUCUCAGCAACUUUGCCGCCGCGGCGACGAAAGAUGCGGCCGGCGUCAAGGAGAUGGCCGAAGAGGCAAAAGUUGUUCUGAGGGACUACGUUAAGGCUUACAUCGAUUUCGACAAGCCGCUCGUCGCCCUGAUCAACGGCCCGGCCAUCGGCAUUUCCGUGACCGUGUUGGCGCUGUUUGACGCGGUUUACGCCACGAAUAAGGCGACGUUCCAAACGCCCUUCGCUCAAGUCGGCCAGAGCCCGGAGGGCGCCUCCGCCUACACGUUCCCAUUGUUGAUGGGCCCGACGCGUGCUGCUGAGUUUCUCCUCUUCGGGCGCAAACUCUCGGCUCUCGAGGCGAAGGAGUUCGGCCUGGUCAAUGAGGUGUUCGAGGAGGCUACCUUCAUUCAGCAAACCUCCUCUCUGCUCGCCAAGUAUUCAUCGCUGCCCCCGGAGAGUAUGCGCGAGAGCAAGAAGCUGCUCCGCAAGAUCCACAAGGACAAUUUGUACAAGGUCAACGAGGAGGAGUGUGACCUGAUCUGCGACCGCUGGCAGAGCGCCGAGUGCAAGAAUGCCAUCGCCAACUUCCUGAGCAAGUCGAAGAAG